CUGGUCCACACCUUCAUGAAGCACGAGAUCUUCACCGGAAACCCUCGCUACAUCCUCUUCAUCCACAUGGUGCUUAACGACAUUAUUCAACUCACAAUCGCCGGUCUUCUGCACAUCCUAAGCUACGUCGUGUUUACUCUAAACGUCUCCUUCUGCUGUGUUCUACUGAUGACCGCCAUAUUCACAACACUUAACACGCCGCUGAACCUUGCUACCAUGGCGAUAGAGCGCUACAUCGCUAUCUGCAACCCCCUGCGGCACACCCAAAUUUGUACCGUACGUAAAACGUACACCCUAAUUGGGGGGAUCUGGGUUUUGAGUGCCAUCCAGGUUCUGCCGGACCUGUUCAUUCUUUUAGCCACACAGCCGGUGUCGUUUUUCCACAGCAACAUCUUUUGCUUUAGAGAUUAUCUGUUUAAUAGCCCGUUCAUGAUCGAAAAGAGAAUUGUGGUGUAUAUUAUUUACCUGUCCUUUGUGUGGAUCAUCAUCGUCUUUACUUAUCUGAAGAUCAUGUGUGUGGCGAAGGCCGUAAACUCGGACGCACGUAAAGCUCGGAGCACCAUCAUCCUACACGGGAUUCAGCUCCUGAUGUGCAUGCUGACGUUCAUAGGGCCCUUUCUGGACAGGUUGCUUCCGUAUAUCUUCCCCGCGUUUGUUCUAGAGACGAGAUUCGCGAGUUAUUUGGUGAUCCAGAUCAUGCCCAGGUUUAUCAGUCCUAUGGUGUAUGGGUUGAGAGAUCAAACUUUUUGUAACUACAUGAAAAGAUAUUUGCUGUGCACAGCGUUCAAGGUGAGGAGGAGAAUUACAACUUUACAGACUGACAGAGAUUUAGAGAAAGUUCCCAGUAAAUUGGUGUGA